AUGUCAGGUAUACAAGAACCAGAACCAGCACUGCUAAAUGCUGACGAAAACGUCACAUACGACGCCCUGGUGGUCGGAUGCGGUGUUAUCGGACCGUGUGUAGCCACAGGGCUUGCUCGCAAGGGCAAAAAAGUGCUUAUAGUCGAAAGAGACUGGAGCAUGCCCGAUAGAAUUGUAGGAGAGCUGAUGCAACCCGGUGGUGUCAGAGCACUUAGAUCCCUGGGAAUGGUGCAGGCCAUCAACGGAAUUGACGCCAUCCCAGUCACGGGCUACACGGUGUUCUACAACGGCGAAAAAGUGGCUAUUCCAUACCCUUACAAGGCGGACACUGGAGCAGUCGAAAAAAUUAGCGGUUUGGUACGUGACGGGAACGACAAAGUUCUCAAGGACGACGAGACCAUCUCUGUCCAAGACUUUGAACUCGAUGAGCGUGAAAGAGGCGUCGGUUUCGUCCACGGCAGGUUUUUGCAGAAUUUGCGCCAAAUAGUAGCCCAGGAGCCUAAUAUCACUAGAUUACAGGGCAACGUUACAGAAAUUUUGAAAAACAAGCAAAACGAAGUAAUUGGGGCCAAAGUGGAUAUUGCAGAUCGCGGGAAGGUCAACUUCCACGCCCACAUCACGUUCGUGUGCGACGGUAUAUUCUCGCGCUUCAGAAAGGAACUUUCACCAGAACAUGUGCCCAAGGUUGGGUCCUCAUUCGUAGGAAUGUCUCUAUACCAUGCCAAGAUGCCAUCACCAAACCACGGCCACGUCAUUCUGGGAACCAGCCACAUGCCCAUCCUCGUUUACCAGAUUUCUCCCGAAGAAACGCGUAUCCUGUGUGCCUUCAACUCUCCUAAACUACCUUCGAAUUUGAAAGAAUGGAUGGGCAAAGAUGUACAACCCUUCAUUCCAGAAUCGCUGCGUCCCUCAUUCGACGAUGCUUUAUCUCAGGGAAAGUUCAAAUCGAUGCCAAACUCUUUCUUGCCCGGUCGCCAAAACAAUGUGCUAGGGAUGUGCGUUAUUGGUGACGCUCUCAACAUGAGACACCCAUUGACCGGAGGUGGUAUGACAGUGGGUCUAAACGACGUGGUUUUGCUGAUGAAAAAAAUCGGUCACUUGGACUUUAGCGAACGUGAACUGAUAUUGGAUGAGCUACUAGACUACCAUUUCGAAAGGAAAAGCUACGACUCUGUCAUCAACGUUCUCUCGAUUGCUCUGUACUCACUAUUCGCUGCCGACAAUGACAAUUUGAGAGCUUUGCAGAAGGGAUGUUUCAAAUACUUCAGAAGAGGCGGCGACUGCGUGCGACUACCCGUAUCUUUCCUCUCUGGUGUUCUGCCAAGACCCUUCUUACUCACCAAGGUUUUCUUCUCCGUUGCGUUGUAUGCCGUCUACAUCAAUUUUGAGAAAAGAGGUCCUCUUGGCUUCCCCGUGGCGUUGCUUGAGGGUAUUGCUAUCUUGUUCACCGCAGCAAGGGUCUUCACACCAUACUUGUAUGCUGAAAUGAUCGGUUAA